CCCUGUCCAAAACCAUGCUUCAAGCUCUCCACAACCACAUCACUACAACCAAUUCACAGCGAACAUGCCUCCCAGGAUCCAAUUGCGCAGAAAUGCGCUGGCGCAGAUACUCACAAGCUCAAGAAGCCCCCUCAGACUCCACACACUAAGACCCAGGGCUCCCACACCCUCCACCACCGCCAUCCUGCCCACCCUCUCCCUCCGCACCCUCACCACCACCCCGGCCCUCUACAAGAAAGGCAAAAACACAGCCCCCCGCGACUCUCAAAAGACCGGCACCAAAGAAGCCCCCGAAGAAUGGGACCCUGAGGACUUCAGCGCCCUGCGCGCCGGCAUCGUCAAAGCAAACGACAAGCUGAGCGCCGACCUCGCCAAGCUACGCACUGGCGGGCGCUUCAACCCCGAGCUCCUCGAGAACGUGCGCGUGCACCUAGACAAAGACUCUAAGAAGACGCACCGCGUGGGCGAGCUGGCGCAGGUGAUCCCCAAGGGCGGGCGCAGCGUCAUGCUCCUCGUCGGCGAGAAGGACCACAUCAAGCCUAUCAUAAGCGCGAUUCAAAAUGCCAAGGAGCUGAAUCUGCAACCCGUGCCUGACCCUCAUAAUUCCAGCCAGCUGAAUGUGCCGCUGCCGGCACCAACUAAGGAGAGUAGGGAUGCGGCGCUGGCGGCGGCGCAUGAUGUUGGGGAGACGGCUAAGGCGGCAAUUACGGCGGCGAGAGGGGUGAUGCAGAAGAAGCUGAGGCAGAUGGAGAUUAAGAAAACGGCGCUGCCGGAUGAGUUGAAGAAGGCGCAUAAGGAGAUGGAGAAGAUUGUCCAGGGGGCUGUGGCGGACGUGAAGAAGACCGUAGAUGCGGCCAGGAAGGGGAUGGAGCAGGCAUAGACUUAGCAAUAGCAAGGUCAUAUACGUCAGCGCAUCUAGUUCGAGUCCAAGCAGCAGCUUGAGUCUUACAUCUCGAGGGUUGAGGAGAUCAUCUCUGACCCAACGAUGUCCCUCAAGAUCAAGCGCGGACAAAAGGAGAAGAUUGAGUCUGCUCUCAGCGAGGCCAUGGCCCAGCUCGAGAUCGAGGACUCGUCUGGUUAUUCGAAGAUAAAUUGAAGUAAGAUAUCUUUAUAUUAAGUAGGAAAUAUAACAGUGUAGUUUAUUAGAAACGAUGAAGCAUGA